AUAAAUCAGACUAGAGCUCCCCAUGUGUUUGACUCCUGUAACAACAACGACUCGGGGCGUGCGCACACCAAGCCUCGCUGUAGGACGGGAUGGAAGCGAGAUGAGAAUACUAAGCAGGUACCUCGUGGCUCAGUGUCAGCACGGGAUGAGUUGAGAUUUGCGCACCCAUCAAACUUGGCUUGGGACCUCAGCAUGUGAGCGCACUUUUGCAGAAGGAGGAUCCGCCCAGGAUGUCAGCUCUGAAGAAGGUGUUACCAGGCAUACUGCAGAAACAUUGCUGUAUCUUACCUGACAAGAACACAGGUAUGAAGAGGUUGCUGAUGAAAUUGAAGAGCAGGGAAAUAUAUUCAGACCAGCAGUAUUCAUGGUCACCCUCGCAGUACUUCGAUGAGGAAACUUACUCCCCUGCACCCAGGAACAUGAAGGGUCUCUCUGGUGGCCGUCCUGCCCAUCUCCAGUUAACAUCACCCACCUCACCUUACACCUGUGGCUUGGCCGAUUGUGACCACUCCCUGGAUCACCAUCUUCACCAUGGUGACCCUCGGUCACCCACCUACCUCCUCAGCCCCACUGACAGCUGCGCCCUUGAGAGUCAUCACCGCUGCUCCCCACGGAGUUCCAUCCACUCUGAGUGCAUGAUGAUGCCAGUGUCACUAUCAGCCACCGACCACUCUAUAUCCAGUAGCACUUUCCCUCGUAUGCAUUAUGGCAGCGCUUCGAGAGAUGGAGGUGGAAACAGUUCUGGCGGUAGAGAUUCUCGGGACGACGGUGGCUCCUCCUCACACGGUGGCAGUGGCAAAAUGAACCGGAUCCCUGCAAAUCUUUUGGAUCAGUUCGAAAAGCAGAUGCCACUGCACCGAGACGGCUUUCAUACAUUGCAGUACCAACGCACCUCCACCACAACUACAACCACAGAGCACCGCAAUGAAAGCCCCGGCCGAAUUCGCCACUUAGUUCACUCAGUACAGAAACUCUUCACAAAGUCGCACUCCCUGGAAGGAUCCUCCAAGAUGAAUGGUACCAAAAAUGACUCUCACAGGGAUGGAUCACAUCACCACCAUCACCACCACCAAGGCCACCACAAACACAGCAAACGCAGCAAGAGCAAAGACCGCAAAUCUGAUGGCGGAGGAAAGCAGCGCCAUGGUGGAUGGUGGAGCUCGGAUGACAAUCUUGAUAGUGACAGCACGUACAGGACACCGAGCAUCAUGUCGCGGCAUCCUGUCGACCACAUCACCCACUGUUACCCAGACUCAAUGCACAGCCACCUGGCUGGGGACCUGUCAUUAAAGACCUCCAAGAGCAACAACGACGUCAAGUGCUCUGCCUGUGAGAGCAUUAACAUGGCACCUGAGGGCAAGUUCAUGAAAAGGAGCUCCUGGUCAACAUUAACCGUCAGCCAAGCCAAGGAAGCCUACAGGAAGUCUUCACUCAACCUGGAGAAACCCAUGACACCCGCUGACCUCAAACCAAGCUUGAGACCAUGUCACUAUCUACAGGUACCCCAGGAUGAGUGGGCAGGUUAUCCUGGUGGUGGAAAGGAUGAUGAGAUCCCUUGUCGUCGAAUGCGAAGUAGUAGCUAUGUCAAAGCCAUGGGGGAUGAGGAGAGUGGGGAGUCAGACUCCAGCCCAAAGACAUCGCCUCAGAAGUCGGUGCGACCAGAUGCCCUGAUCAAGGCCAUCAUCAGACCCAAGGACUUGCUGGACUCUCAAAGUUCUUACCGCCUGGAUAAAAUCAACAGUGACAUGCAUAACUACAUCACCAAUUUUGCUGCAGACUUAAGUCAGAACUACCACUUGCAGGCUACCAGGGAAAUACACCCUAGCCUUGCCUUGGAUCCCUCCAUCAACUACAACUCGCCCAAGUUUCGUUCCCGGAACCAGAGCUAUAUGCGGGCUGUCAGCACGCUUAGUCAGGCUAGCUGCGUCAGUCAAGUGAGCCAGGUUAGUGAAACUGAAGUAAAUGGUCAGUUCGAAUCUGUGUGUGAGUCGGUGUUCAGUGAGGUAGAAUCCCAAGCCAUGGAGGCACUGGACCUCCCUGGAUGCUUCAGAACCAGGAGUCACAGUUACCUACGAGCCAUCCAGGCUGGAUACUCCCAAGAUGAUGACUGCAUCCCUCCCAUGGCAUCCACUCUUACCUCCACUAUCAGGUCAACCACAGCCAUCACCUACACACCGAGCUACAAGAAGACCCCCCCUCCAGUACCGCCCCGCACCACCUCUAAACCACUCAUCUCCAUCACAGCCCAGAGCAGCACUGAAUCCACCCAGGACGCCUACCACGAGGGGCGGCACCCUCAUGGCGGCCUGUGGGGCCCUGAUGGCCUCGCUCUAGGGCUGACGCCAGGAAGGGCCCUCUAUAACUCUACCGACAGCCUGGACAGCACCAAGGCUGUGACAAUAGCCAUGGAGGCAGCUGGAAUCAUGGCAGGGAAAAGGCAUCCAUCCACAGACUCUCACAGCUCAGUGCUCACCUGUGACAAGGCAAUCCUGGUGUCCAAGGCUGAGGAGUACUUGAAAACCCCACGGUCCUCUAUAGGGAUACAGGUGGAAGCAGCCACGGACUCGGAGUCUGAAAGCAAAGGCUCACGGGAGUACCACUCUGUCGGGAUCCAGGUGGAGGAUGACAAAAAAGGACAGGGAAGGUUCAAACGCUCCAACAGUGUGACGGCAGCUGUUCAAGCUGACCUGGAGUUGGAGGGCUUUCCCAUUAUGGAAGACAAAGGUCUGCAGUUUGGUGGGGGCUUUCAGCGUCAUUCAGAGCCCAGUACUCCUACGCAAUAUGGAGCGGUGCGCACUGUCCGUACGCAAGGCCUCUUUAGCUACCGUGACGAUUACCGCACCACCGCUGAACCGUCCAGUCCACGCGAGACCACCAGCGAGACAAGCUGGCAGCUAGAGCCUCCGUCCCCACGGGAGAGUGCAGCUUCGGCAGGUGAGUCGGGAAGGGUGUCUCCAUGCCUCCGGAGAGAUGGAAGCUGGUUCAUGCAGCUGCUCCACACGGAAACCAAGAGGAUGGAAGCCUGGUGUAAAGAGAUGGAGGCAGAAGCUGAGGAGAAUGACCUCUCAGAGGAACUUUUAGGUAAAAUUCGAAGUGCAGUGGGAAGUGCUCAGCUGCUCAUGUCUCAGAAAUUCCAACAAUUUUACUGGCUGUGUCAGCAAAAUCUGGACCCUAGCGCCAUGCCGCGACCCACCUCUCAGGACCUGGCUGGGUUCUGGGACCUGCUGCAGCUCUCCAUUGACGACGUCAACAUGAAGUUUGACCAGCUGCAGCAGAUAAAGAACAACAACUGGCGACCAAUUGACAGCCCAGAAAAGAAGCCACCAGCUCCCGUACCAAAGAAGACAGUAAGACAGAAGAGUGCAGUGACCAGGGAGAAAUCCCUGGACCUCCCUGACAGGCACCGGCAGGAGGCACGCCGGAGGCUCAUGGCAGCCAAACGUGCAGCCUCUUUCCGGCAGAACUCAGCCUCAGAGAGAGCGGACAGCAUUGAGAUCUAUAUUCCAGAGGCUCAGACUAGACUUUGAGAAAACGUUGGAUCAGGGAUCUGUACCUUUCCCUGCUCCUGUGCUCCAGCAACUCUAAAACUAGCCUUUUUUUCUAGACUGCUUCUCUUUCAACUCCUCCUUUAUCCAUCUCUGGUCCGAUAGCCAUCCGCAGUGCCCAUCACCAACAUCACUGGACUGUAGGAUGUGCCGAGGCUCGAAUUCCAUUGCCAAAAACGUACAUCUGACAUGGGUUGGUUAGAUCUUUGUGUUGGUUUGUUGGUGAUCAAGAUCUAUUAUCUCUCUCAUGUCUUGGAUGGACACAUCUGUAGUUGUUCAGCAUUUGCAAAGUGCCAUUUUAAGAGGAAGAAAAGUGCAGCUUUGAAAACCUUACCAGCAACCACACCUUGGAGCUAAACAUCAAUGUGUUUAUUUGGAGUUCUAUGAAAUUGGUCAAAGUUUAUAACCGUUCACUAUUUUUUAGUCUCUACAGAUUACCUUUGCUUCUGCAGUCUUUAAAGGAUUGAAUCAACGGCUAAAUAUCACCAAUUUGUUGAGUUUGAAAAAGGGUCAAUGCUUGAAAUACCUCAACUAUGUGCACAUGGUACAGGUUACCUAUUCAAGGUGCUUCAGGCAAUUCCUACUACGCGUUUGAUUGGUUAGAUGUGAAAAAUGCAGCGUUUUACCAUGUUUAGUCAUGAUAAAAUAUCUAGGUGUGCAUCUUAAUAAAUCUAAAUAUAAUUGAAAAGUUUAUUUAUUUCAGUAAUUCAAAUCAAAAAGUGAAACUCACAAACCGAUUAUUUCACACUUAAUUGGUAAUUAUGGCUUGUACUAAUGAAACCCAAAAAUCAGUUUAACAGAUUUUGAAUAUUAUGUAAGAGAAAUUUUAAAAAAUUAUUUAAUUAUAGUGAAAUGUUUGACUGUACCUUUUUCAGUCACAGUUUUCCUUCCACUCAACUUUCCAUUCAUGUUAUUCUGAUGAAUGGAAGUUUGGUAAAAAAAACAAAAAAAAAACGACUUUUUGUGGCUUACCCUCCUUGUGGAGUUUGUAUUUAAUCUAUGUUACAUACCUUUUCCCUUUUUGAUGUGAAUGUCUUGAAAAAAAUGUCUCAUUUAAUCAUAUUUUACUUUAUUCAGAUGCACCCAAGUUCAGUGACCUGAUGUAGAAAUAACAUCUACUUGCUGUUUAAUGUGCACCUUUCACAGCAGUUUUCUAAAUAUCCAAUGUUCAUGUUGCCAUCUUUCAGACAUUUACUUGAAGCUGUAAACCUGCAAGUCUUGUGCCAACAUUUCAUCAUGUCAAUGCAGUAGAGAAGAAACAAAAAAAAAACUAUGAAAGUUUAUGUAACUCCUUAGAUUAAAAUGUGUAGACAAAUGCACUUAUGCACUUAAUAUAAUUCUCAAUAUUUUCAAGGGAAAUGUACAUAACCAAGUUCAUAAUAGUACUGUUGUAUUUUUUUAAUUGUGAGUGGGAAUGUUAUGCUGUUUUAUCCCCCUCCUUAUGUUUGCUUUCGAAAUAUCUGGAUGAUCAGAGGCACAUAGAAUUUUGCUGCUCAGUUUUCAUCAUUUCCCAAACACUUUCAAGUUGCGCCUUCAGUCCACAGCUAAUGAGGACUGAUAAGAAGUAACCAUCAAAACAUAAACAAAAUGUCAAUAUUUCUUUAAGCUAUGAACUGCUUCUUGAUUUUCAAAUAUACUGAAAAUUAUCAUAACGAAGUCCCUCUAACGAAGAGAUCAGAAUUAACAAGCUGAAACUGGGGCAAAGGAUUUCCCGAGGGAUGCAAAUAUUAAGUCUCAAAUAGUAGAAACUUCACAAGUAUAUUCCUAAAAACUUGCGUAAAAUGGGAUAUGAUGAGGAUAAUGUUUGAAAUAACUUGAAACAAUGCUCAAACAAGCUGUUUCUCCUCCCCACUAUGACAGAAAAUAACUAUUUGAGGGAGGAUUCAUUCCAAAUCAACACAAAUCUAGUCAGAAAGAAUAUUGUAUUCUACAACUUUUGCUCGAUUGGGGUAUUUUCUUGCAAGAUGUCUCCAUUUUUGUUUGUUUGUUUUGUCAUGGUGAGUCUCAGUAUGUUACAUAUGUUACAGUAUGGUCAAAUUGGCAGUGCAGAUUUUGCUUUGUGUGUAUGUUAGUUAAAAAGGUCUAUGUUUUGAACAACUGAUGAUAAGAUAAAUAACAACCAAUUUUUAGAUAUUUCUGGUGGGUAAACCUCUUUUAAUCCUAUUAAUAGUUUCAUGUUUUGUUUUAUUUAAACUUAUGUAAAUCAUUGAGAUGGCCUGAUGUGAUCUCUGCUGAUCUAUUAUGAUCAUAAUACAUUCCAGUCUUCUAAUAUUUUGCAAUGAGAGUUAGUCUUGUACAUUAGUAUCUGAAGUUUAUGGACAAGAAUUGAAUAUAAGUUAAAAUUGAUUUCUGUAAUGGAUAUUUUCUCAAUAACUGUUGCAAAAAUUCAAACAUUAAGCGUAAUUGUAUAGGGUAGAAUAAAUGCAGUAUUUGAAUGCAUUUCUUCCACUCUAAAUUGAGCUGAGAAAAAGUAUUGUCAACAUGAACGAUAAAUACUAGUUUGAAAUAAGGCAACAGAAAUAAAUUGAAACCAAAAUAAAACUAUUACUUAAAGAUUCCUAGAUUAGACUUUUUCUCCCUCUGGAAACAAAAACUAAGUUUUGUUCUCCUGACACUGAUCAUUAAAUGCUUUGAUUGGGAAUCUGAGCCAAUAUUUUGAGGUGGAUCAAAAUAUUGGCUACGUUUUCAGCCAAUAGAUUUUCAGACUAAAAUAUUUACUACAUUUUUCAAACCUCCCUCGUUGAAGUGAAUGCUUUCAUCAGAAAAUGUGAAAUUGUGAAUUUCAAGAAGUUUAACAGGUGAGAUGCUGCUAAGACCAAACUUAGGAUUUGACUUUUGUUGAACUUUAUUGUGCCAAGUAUUCAUAUAACACAACUGAUGAGUAAAGUCACAAAUUGUCCAAGAAACCAAGGUGGCUAAGGCAGAUGUAAAGUGUUUUUUUAACUUAACAUAAAUGCAGUUCAGGUUAUAGGGUGUGCCAAGCUGACCUCCAACUGCAUGAUGCAGCCCUCAUGCUCAUUUGUACUCAGAACAUAUAUGAUCUCAUCACAAGUACACACAUUUUAAUUUCACCUGUGCUGAUACCCAUAAAUCUGUGAACUUUUAAUUAUAUGAUGUUAGCACUAAGUCUGAGCAGUUCCUUACUGUGUGUUUGCUUUGCUUUACCUUAUUAAAGGGUGAGUUCAAUAGCAGUUAAAGACAUUUAAGUAUAACUAAAGUAAGUUUCAGUGUCAACGUUGCCAUUAUAUUGGGUGAUGUAUACCAUAUAAUGUGUGACAUUUACCAUUAUAACAAAACUAACAGAGAAAGUUUUAGCCUGGUAGAAUUUAGUUUAAAAUAAAAAAUAUAUAAAAAGUGGUUGAAAUAUCUGAUAGGACAUUUCUACACAUAAUAUAUGUGUAAACAUUAAAAAAUAUAAUCUAAAACAGAGUAAAGACCAUUGAUACAACUUAACAUUUUGUGUGCCAUAUAUAUAAAACUUAUGAUUCUUGAUACUUAUAUCAAGUAUAAGUAUCAAGUAUAUAUAUAUAUAUAUAUAUAUAUAUAAUUACAUUUUUGACAGAGCCACACACACUACUAAUAUUAUGUUUACUGCUUAUAGAAGAUUUUGUUCUGCAGCUUGACUAAUAAAUGUUAAGUCAUAAUUUCACAGGUUGGUAAGAUUAACGUUUGACAUAGGGUCAGGUGAUUUGGUUAGCAUUUGCCUAAUCUCAGCAAAAUAAUCCCUUGAAACUUUUUUUUUCUCUUAACUCAGGUUACAUUUAUAUAUUAAUAUUUUAUGUUUAAUAAUGUGAAGCAUCUAUAAGUGGCAAAGACAGCAAAGACCGAAAAAAAAUCAAUUUGCCAUAAUCGAUGGAAUCAUAAGUUAUGUUCUCUACCAAAAUGGUAGACUUGACAAAUUUUGGACUGCAUGCCUGACAUUACAGCUGUGGUAUAGCCUUAAAUGGGUACAACAUUCUCAAAAAUCUGUAAUGUGGCAAAGAAGUCUCCAAAGAAGAGUGGACUCAGGUUCCUCUACAGUGAUGUAAAAGAUUGUUUUCCAGUUACUGCAGAGUAUUAAUGUCAGUUGUGGCCAGUUUAACUACUUUUUCACAUGGAGCCAGGUUGGUUUGGAGUAUGUCUGUUCCCUUACUAAUUGAAGUCAUCUUUUGAAAGAAUCUUUUUGUCUGUAGUCUGGUUAUCUUUGAAACUGAAGUUUGCUUGAUAAUCUGAAAUAUUUGUGUGACACAAAGUCUGAUGCAGAGGAAAUCUGUUAGAGUGAUAAGUAUGAGAGUGAGUUCAUACAUAGUUCUGCCGUUUAUGCCACAAUUUAAGGAAGCUUUAACAGUAUAACACUGGAUUUCCAAUUAUUGCCUGUGUGUUGGAUGCCAGACCGUCGGCAGAGCUGACUCAUUCUCUGCUGUUGCCAGAGUGGCAGGCAGCAAGACGUAGAAAGACAGACUCGGCCUGACAUAUGCUGGCUUAAGGGAGACCGGCGCUCUUGCACUGAGCCCUGAACUGCUGGUGUUGUACGCUGUGUGUAGCUUCAAGGCUGUUCAGUGAGAAUGGCAAGGCUCUGCACUGGGUAAUUUUCUGCCUGACUUUGACUAAGCAAAGCAGCUUAUGUAAGAUUUUUGGUCCUUGGUGAGAUCAAGCAAAUACCCUCCAAGGCCUUUCAGAGCUUGUGUUGAUAAAUGUGUUGCUGAAUAGCAGCCCACACUGUAAAACUUUAAGCAUCAGCACUACAUGCAUUGGCCUUUGUGAGCUUCUCCCAGGCUGACUUUGUUGAAGGCUGUCAAUGAAGUGACUGUGAACUAUCUCAAUUAUGCAAAACGAGCAGAACUAAGUAGAAGUCUUGCAUAUCCAUUACGUUGGUUCAGUUUAAAAUAUGGCUUCCUGCUCCUCCAAGUAGCAGUAAUUUCAACAAGACCAUUUGUCUAGUAAUGUCCAUGAAUGAAUAGCACUAAGUAGCAAUGCAAGAUCAGUGCCAGAACUCACAAGGAAAUAAAAAAGGGAUCAAACAGAUUUGAGCAAUAGAAGUAGGCCUGCUUCACCAUAUCCAUAUAAAAAAAUAUGUACAAUCAUGUUAAGAAAUUCGAGCACCCUAUAAAAUAUUACAUUCUUCUUGAAAAAAUGUUGAAAUAUCAAUGUUUAAUUUUGUUUUAAUAUAUCUCCUGACAGGAAAAAAGUGGAUGAUUCACAAGCAAAUAUUAAAAAUGGUAAUACUCAUUAAUCAAACAUUAUCAAAAAAUACUUUAAAACAUGCAAAUUCUUAAUAACUAGUGUCACCCAGUGGCUAAAAUAACUUCAGUGAAAUGCUUCUUGUCGCAUUUCUUAGUUUUUAGGAGGUCCUCUGUGGAUUUACUGUUAUGUUUUGGGCCAUUGUCAUGUUACAGGGUACAAUUCUGCUUUAUUUUUUUUAUAUAUGAACUCACAAUUUCUUCAGGCAGCCUCUGACACACAGGGAAAUUCAUGGUGAAUUCUAUAGAAGUGAGCUGGCCAGAUCCUGAUGCUGGAAAGCAUCCGCAAAGCAUAACACUCCCAUCUCCAUACUCCAUAGUUGGUGUCCAGGUCCUUUCCUGGACAUAAAUAUUCAGUUUUAGGCUCAUUUAGCCAAAGAACAUUAAUCCAGAAGUUGUAUAUGUUCUCUUUGGCAACACUUUGUCUUAAAAAGCAAAGGUUUCCAUUCUGCACAUCUCCUAUGAAAGGAGAAGUUGCACAGUCUCUUUGUUGUUGUACAGGUAUGUACUUUGAUAUCAACAGUAAGACCCUGCUGUAGGUCUGGUGCUGAUAAAUUAAGGGGGGGUUAGAAAUUUCUCUUAGUAUCUUGUGUUCUGCUGUCAGGAUGAACUCGCUUACCUGGGCAUGAUGGGAAUUGUUUUGAAAGUUUUCAGCUUACAGAUUAUAUUCCGUACAGUGGAACUGCUGGUUUCAAAUUUUUUUGAGACCUCUAGAAAUCCUUCACCAGACUCAACAGCUGCCACAAUUCUGCAGAUCUUAGACAACUCCAGCAGUCAGGAGCACAUCAAACUAAAAAUCUUACAUUUAAGAGGAGCAGAUCUUGUUCAAAAUCCAGAAUAGCAGUUUUCUAAUCAUGAUAAUAUGAUAUUAUAUGUGGAAUUUUAUCCACUGAAAAUUGGAGUAAGCAACUUUUUAUUUUAUUUAUGUUUUGCAGAAUUCUUUUCAGCUUUAUUUGCGUAUUUAAACAACUUGAGAUAUAUUUUACUGGGUAUUGAUAGCAAAUAUCCUUAUGUCCAAAGAUACUAGCAAACACACAGGCUUUCAGAGGGUACCCUAAUUUCUCUACAUGACUGUAUAUAUCUUUAGAAAAAAUUAUCUUUAAAACUCUAAGUCUUUUCCCAACCCAUGCAUAAAGAUUGCUGCAGCAGCAGAGUAAAGUUUGUCUCUAAGAGUGAAUCAUUUUUCUUCCAUAAAACAUGUUUUUCUUCACCCUUUUCAUUAGUAAUAGACUCUUUCAUGAGGAGUUCCAAGGCCACCUCCUACAAACGGACUCUGUACUUCUUGAAGCUCCUUUUGAAGGGUUUUCUAUGCUGGAUCUUCUUGGAUGACAUAGAUUCAGAUCUCCAUAACGUGUGCCCUGGACGACCCUUUGAUUAAAAAUGCAGCUGCAGGUUUUGUUUGCUUUUUUAAAAUUAUUUCUUUUAUUCUGCUCAAACUUUACGAAAAUGACGAGGACAAAAAAAUGCCAAGCUAUUAACUGCAAGUGCCAUCCAUGUUGACUUAUUCGGCAUACUGUAAAAUCAUUUCUUGCAUCACUUUUAAUAGGUUUUUAAUAAAUCAAAGAGGGAAACGGCUUCCUGAUUCAAUAUUUAAAGUGUAUGCCUGUAUUUUAGCAUUCUGUGGCCUCACAUCUAAGGGGACUGUCUAUGUUUUAACUCUAGAGCAUAAAAUAUGAAAUUCUUCAAGAGGACUUUUUUUGUAACUACGCUGCUGAGAGAGCAUCACUGAGACUAAUAAAAUACUUCCUUUAACUUGGAAUGUGAGAUAACUCUAUGAUUACUAGAUAAAGUAAAAAAGGUAGUUGUUUAGCUAAAACUAUUUUCAUCUCUUGUAUAUCAUAUCUAUUGUAAGAAUGAAUAUAAUGCCAAAUAUUCAAUAUUUGUAAAGAAUAUAUAUAUUAUAUAUAGAUAUAGAUAUAAAUAUAUAAUAUAUGCUUCAUUGGAACACAACUAUUUUCUGCUUUGUUCUUAUUUUCUGUUUUGCUUAUUUUAUAACUUGAUAUGAUGGCAUGCAAAAGACAUAUUUUGAAUGUAUUUAUUUAUUUCGUUCAGGAUUACAGCACUGUCCCAUUGAUGUUUUCUGAUUAUUUAGACGCAUUUCACACGUGCAUUUCUCAGUGUGGGUGACAUCUGUGCAACAUAUUGCAUUUUUAGCUUUUUACUUUGUAUGAUUUUAGUUAAGCAUAUGCAUCCUCCUUCCUUCUGUCCAAACUGAGCAACUUGAACAUUAUCCCCUCUUCCUAGUUUGGUCGUUGCUUAGGAAUCAUCCAUUGUAAAUAAUAUUGCAAUUAAAUUUUUGUA